AUGGACACGCAAAAUACUACAGGAUCGGCCACUGAUGCCAACUCCUACCUCGAUCUGGCCAUCACUCUGGCCCUGAACAACUGGCCGGCCCUGACCCUUGCCGUGCAAUCCAAUUGGGGAGGUCCUACAUCCGAUGACAAGCGCGCCUGGCUGUGUGGUGCUAUAUCCGAUAUGCUGAGUGACCGCCCUGAGACAGAUGCCGAAGACCUGGAGGAUGUAUUGAUCCAGGUGAUGAACGACGAGUUCGACGUGGUGAUUGAUGACGAGAGUGCUGGCAAUGUGGCAGCGGAAAUUAUGGAGUUCAAGGCACAGACGACGCGCGGGGAAUUUGCCAUCAUCCAACAGAUGUGGGAGAACUGGCAGAAGAAGAGUCAACAAAAGUCCAGUGCGGCGAAAAUGUUUAAACAGGUCGAGGCCCAAGAUGAGGACCAGGAGACAGAUGAUGACGAGGACUCCGAGGGUGACGAUGUCGAGAUGGGAGAAGCGCCUUCUCUGGUGCGGGCGCCAAGGGAGAAGCCUGAGCCAGAGAUUGAUGAGGAUGGAUUCACCAUGGUGAAAAAGAAGCGGUAA